CGGCCUGUACGGCGCCCUAGGCGGUCGCCUAGUUCGCCUAUGCCUAAGGCCGGGGGAGAGUGGAUUUUCUAGGUGCUGCUGCACACAAAUGUAAUAAUGGGUUAUACGGUUUGUUAUUGUACCUAAACGGUUUGUUCAUGUAUAUUUUUGUUAUGUAUAAAUUGUCCUUCCUAUUUGUCUUGGAUCGUUAACAUUUUUGGAAAAGCUUGUCAGUCUGGAUCUGGAAGAGUUACCCUUCUUUCGCAGUUGGAGUGACUCCUCACAUUUGUCUUCAAUGCCUUCAGCCCUGGCUAUUUUCACUUGCCGUCCAAAUUCACACCCUUUUCAGGAGCGACAUGUCUACCUGGAUGAGCCAGUCAAGAUUGGGCGUUCAGUGGCCCGUUGUCGUCCAGCGCAAAACAAUGCCACUUUUGAUUGCAAGGUGUUGUCUAGGAACCAUGCAGUCCUCUGGUUUGAUCACAAGACAGGAAAGUUUUAUCUUCAGGACACUAAAAGUAGCAAUGGUACCUUCAUUAACAGCCAGCGAUUGAGCCGAGGAUCUGAGGAAAGUCCACCAUGUGAGAUUCUUUCUGGUGAUAUAAUUCAGUUUGGGGUGGAUGUGACGGAGAACACUCGGAAAGUCACUCAUGGGUGCAUAGUAUCUACAGUCAAACUCUUUCUGCCAGAUGGUCUCGAAGCUCGAAGACGGUCAGAUGUUAUCCAAGCUCCUUUACCACUUCCUGUUGAUAAGGUUGCUGCUAAUUCUCCAAGUAUGUACUCUCAGGAACUAUUCCAGCUUUCACAGUAUCUGCAGGAGGCCUUACAUCGGGAACAGAUGGUGGAACAGAAGUUGGCCACCUUACAGAGACUACUUACCAGUACACUGGAGGCAUCUGACAGUAGUUGGCAGGCUUUAAUAGAUGAAGACCGACUACUGUCAAGAUUAGAGGUUAUGGGAAACCAAUUACAAGCUUAUUCAAAAAAUCAAACUGAAGAUGGAAUACGAAAAGAACUUGCUGCACUGCAAGAGGACAAACACAACUAUGAAACAACUGCAAAAGAGUCCCUGAGGCGGGUCCUUCAGGAGAAGAUUGAGGUGGUUCGCAAACUCUCUGAAGUGGAGAGGAGCUUAAGUAACACAGAGGAUGAGUGUACCCACCUAAAGGAAGUGAAUGAACGAAUUCAGGAGGAGUUAAGGGAACUGGCUAAUAAAUAUAAUGGAGCAGUAAAUGAAAUCCGAGAUCUUACAGACAAGUUAAAGCAGGCGGAGGCAAAACACGAGGAAAUCCAGCAGAAAAGUUUGUCUGAGAAAAAGGAACUACAGCACAAAAUAGAUGAAAUGGAAGAAAAAGAACAAGAGCUACAUGCCAAAAUUGAAGCACUCCAAGCAGAUAAUGACUUCACCAAUGAACGACUAACUGCAUUACAAGUGCGGUUAGACCAGCUUCAGGACAAAAAUAUUAAGGAACACAACAACAUCGAGCACUUUCUUUUAAAGAGUGGAGGGGACUGCACUUUUAUCCAUCAGUUCAUAGAGUGCCAGAGUGUUAUAGACACCCGUAUAGAAAAUAAUCAUGAAACAGAAGGAAAUUUAAGUAAUCCUGAGAGGCAGAAAGUUAAGCUUGCAAAGGAAGGGCAUCUUUCUAAAGGCAUGGAAGAAACUAAGCUCUUAAAAGAAAAUCAAGCUGAAGCACGAGAGUCUGAUUUGUCCGAUACACUUAGCCCAAGUAAAGACAAGAGCAGUGACGACACUACUGAUCAUUCUCACAUGGAAUCUGGUGAGGCAGAAAGGGACAUCCACUAUUUACGUAAGGAACUCCUGGAGGCUCAGGAACUAGCCAGAAGUAGCAAAUCAAAAUGUGUUGAACUUCAAGGAUUGCUUGAAGAGGAAAGACGGACAAAUAGGCAGCAAGUUGAGGAAUCUACUAAGCAAAUUCAUCAUCUUCAGGCCCAACUUCAGAACUUACAGAAAGAUAUAGAAACAGUUCGUGAAGAAAAGGAAAAUGAAAUCACAAGAGCUCGAGAUGAGUUAGCAAGUGCUUUAGAGGACAUUGCACUACUUCGGAAGGUAACCGAAGAGGCCGCAGCAGAAAGGGAUAGAUUAAUUAGUGAACUUCAGGAAGAGCUUUCAAAAGUUCGAUUUGAGCUUGAAAGAUGGAGAAAAGCCGCUUCAGAAUAUGAAUUAGAAAUCAGCAACUUGCAAGUCAACUUUGAGAUCCAGAGCCGUCAGCGUGAGGCAGAACAGAGGGAGGAAGCUAUUUUGCUUCGUGCUCAAGUUGAGAGCCUUAAAAAGAAAUGCGAUGCUUUGCAAACAGAAUGUGUAGCCCUGCAAAAAGAAAAUUCUAACCUAAUAGAAAAUCUUCAAAGGCAGGAAAAAGAGUUGCUCAACACUCAACAACAUAGUGUGGAACUGACCAAUGACAUCAGUGUACUUCAGGUGGCUCAUAAACAACUAGAAAGCCACAUGGGUGUCCUGAAAGAGCAACAUCUGCAGGAUGCAGCUAAACUGAAAUCUCAGCUUGUUGAAACUGAGACAAGAGCCAAGGACCUACAAAAAGAAUGUGAGAAAACGCAGGUUUUGCUUCUGGAGAUUAAGGAUAAAUUUCGAAGGACAGAAGAGGAAAAACAAUCUGUGACAGAGGAGCUCAGUCAGUGUAAAGAAAACCUGAAGCUGCUUCAAGAAAAAGAACAUAGUAAUCGAUGGCUACCUUGGAUGCCAGUGAUGGCAGUACUGGCUGCAGUGACAGUGGUAGUACUGUACCCAGGAUUUGGCAAGGCCUCACCUUAGGAGCCGCACACACAAAUUCGCCUACAGUCCUUGAGUCUGCAGCGCCAUAUGCUAAGCAAAAUAUGUUCAGUGUACAGCACUUUGGAAAGGAAAUACAGAUCUGCAAAACAGCAGAAGUGUAAAGUUAGGGUCAUUGCUUUAAAUGUAAAAAAUGUAACUGUAUAUGUAAAUAUGUAUUUGUAUAGAAUGAUAAGAACUACAAAUUGUGACUUGAUUUUACUGUAGGUAAUAUUUUGCUUGCAGUUUUUCCUACAAAUUUUAACUAAUAUGUUGGGACUCUAAAUACUGUUAUGGUGGCCUAACCUAGGCUUCUUGGUACCAAAUUAUUUAUAAUGUUCAAAUUUAUUGUUCUUGUAUCACAGAAACUGAUUGCCAGUUAAUAAUUUUUUUUCUGAUUGGAUAUAUAAGCUGAAUAUUUAACAUUAUAAGUACGGUUAUUGGGUAAGAGUUAGGAUGGGUAAGUGCCUCUUAGUUUACAGUUAUAACCACUCCAUCCCACUUUACAGCAGUGUGCCAUGAAUAGUCCUAUAUACCUUAAAGUAUGGAAGUACCACCAGACAGCCAGGCAUAAAUCAUUUUAAAGACUAUCUCUUGUGAUGGUCUUUUUUUUCCUUGAACUUACUCAAGUAUAAAUGUAAGUUUCCACUGGAAUAAAAUUCUGUGCAAUUCA